AAACACACACAGAGAGUUGGCAGCUCACAUUCAGAUGCCCAAGGAUGACCUUCUCUAGCAUGUGGAUUGUUCUGUUCGUAUGGAUUGCAGGCACUGAUAUGACAGAGGGGGAAAGAGUUUUGCAAGAGGAUAUAGACAACAGAACUGCCUACAGUACCUGGGCUCUGUAUCUUUUCAGAUUUCCAUUCUUACUAACAAGGAAAUUAUUGACGAAUGUGUUUCUCAUUCUAACUCUAUGGCCUGUUAUGAAAGUUGAUUUCAUCUCUUUUUUCGGUUACUGUUACUUUUGCACUUCUUAGUCUAUUUCUUUUUUAACCCUUUGGCCUAUUUUGCUGCUGUACUUGUGCUGUUGCAAAACAUAAUGACCUUUCACUGUGUUUGUGUAUGCUGAUGACAUUCCAGAAUUUAUAUUUAAACAUAAAGCAAACUUUUUCACUUUUUUUAUAUAUAUUUUUUCAAAGUGGCCAUGCUGCCCUGCUUUGGAGCUAUGCCAACAGUUUUAUACCCCAAAAUCAAUGGCUCGGAAACUCUGGCCUGCCAGUGCCCAGACUAUUCUUGCCAGGUGGUUUAUUGGUACAGAUACCUCGAGAAAAACAACAGUCUUCAGUUCCUCAUGUUUAGCAACAGUGCUGGCAGAGAGGAACACGGAGUGGACAUAAAAAGUACCCGUUUCAAAGGUUCCGUGUCAUCUGGACAGAAGUUGUUGUACAGCCUGCGUAUUUCUGGACUGCAGGACGAUGAAGCUGGUCUUUAUUCCUGUGUGUUUAGGUCUAAGCAUGAAAUGCCUGUUGGAUAUUACAUUAAACCUGGAGUGAGUCUUCCAACGCCACCGCCACCGCCGCCGCCGCCAACGGUCAAGACCAAAAAAACUGUGGGGACUUGUAGAUGUAGAAAUCCCAGUGUCUCUCCUAAAGGGUGUGAACAUUCAGUGCUUUGGCCAAGCAUCGGUGCUCUUCUGCUUUUGGCUGUUGCUCUUGCGGGCACACUUUACUAUUUCAGUCGUCUACCCAAGAAGUGCAGACAUCGAUUUACCAAGCCAAAUCAUUUGCGGUAAAGUGAAAGAACAGGCUCUUCAAGUGGUGGUUUUCUACUCUCAAAAGCAAUAUUUUCACUGUGGACCUGCUGAAGUCUCUGAAAAUUCCUCAGGGUUUCACUAAAAUCAAAUAUAAUGGUUUACAACAGUGAGCUGUCAAUUAAGAGAUUAGUUUAAAUUUACUCACAGGUCAGCGUUUCGUCUGAAGUUAUUCAACCUUGAUUACAAUCCAUUGGAUUCAUUGUCUGACUUGACUGAAUUAAAACAAAGCUGAUCCUACCAGCAGAAUUACACAAAUACUGAAUUCACUCUAACCCUAGAUUUACCCCAAAUAACCUGCAUUUAACCAGAUGUAUUUGUUUAUAGUCUUAAUUGACAUUUUGUUUUUGUUUUAUAGAAUUAUAAAAGAAGAGUCACAUAUUAACAAAUGCUCAAACCCAGCACAGCAUGCUGAAUUUGUAACUGAAUGUACAGUUGUCUUAUUGAAGUAUAUUUCACAUAUGUCCUAAUUCU